AUGGGUCGUCGAUUCACACUGAAUCCACUUAUAUUCGCAAAAGAAGAACGCGAAGCGAGAAGGCAAUCGCUUGCACAACUUAAAUUAUCGUACUAUCCAAGAAACGCACAUCGUAAGUUGCUUAAUUCGUUUAUUUAA